GACAAGUUUUGGUGUGUUUCAGAUAACUCAACCCUGUUGGAGGGCUCACCAUGACUUGGUCCCUGCUGUUCUUGGUGCUUUUCGAUUUCUAUGUUGGAGUCCAUUCUCAGGGAAUAUUGACUCAGCCGGCUUCAGUGUCUGGGUCUCCGGGACAGACGGUCACACUCUCCUGCACCAAAGGCAGUGGAAGUUGGGUCAGCUAUGUCAGUUGGUAUCAGCAGAAAUCUGGAGAAGGCCCUCGCUUUGUUCAUUGUAGUAUCUGUGGCAGCAACAGGGGACCAGGGAUCCCGGAUCGGUUCACGGCAACUGCUUCUGGAGACACUAGCUCUUUAACCAUCACAAAUGUUCAGGUUGGAGAUGAAGCUGAUUAUUACUGUGCGUGGUGGUACAGCACAGACAGCUCGUAUCACGGUAGUGCAUUCUCAUGGGGAAGUAAGACUAAAACUGCAGCUUCUCCCCCACCCCAAGAAGAGGAAAGCAUUGCCUCACAGCCCACACUGACUCAGGUUCCUUUCCAGUCUGUGACUCUUGGAAACACAGUAAGACUUACAACCACUUUGAGCAGCAGCCAUGCGAACUAUGUUGUCUCCUGGUAUCAGCAAAGAGAGGGCCAGGCUCCCCGGCUUGUCCUUGAUACUAGCAACAACCGAGGCAGUGGGAUCUCAGAACGGUUCAGUGGUUCCAAAUCAGGCAGCGAACGUUAUUUGACCAUUACCAAUGUCUUGGCAGAGGACGAGGCAACUUAUUACUGUGCUGCGGACCAUGGCUCUGGUAGUAGCUUUACAUUCUUUUGCUUCUGGAAGAUCUGCUUAUUCAUUCUCAACACAAUGGCCUGGGCCCUCCUUCUCUUUUCAAUCCUGGUCGCCUUUGAUCCUAGUUUCCAGCAACUGCAGACCUUGAAGGACUCGGAAUCGGUGGCCCAAGGGGGGACAGUCACCCUGUCAUGCAGAUACAAUAGUGGAACCAUUGGGGACAGCAACUAUCCUUGGUGGACCCAGCAUGUGUCUGGGAGUAAACCUCGGAUGGUGAUGCAUAGCACCAGCACCCGACCCUCGGGGGUCCCGGACCGUUUUUCGGGGUCAAGGUCGGGGAAUGUAAUGUCCCUGACCAUCACAGGUGCCCUGGCAGAAGAUGAAGCCGUGUAUUACUGUGUUGUAUGGACAGGGAGUGAGUGA